AUGGGGUUGUCGUGGGCAGAGAUGGAUGGGACCGUGUGGGAGAGCCAUGGGCGGAGGUGUUUCUUUGAGAUUGUGGGGGGAUCGGAAUGGAGGGGUGGGGAGAAGGAUCCCUGCCACGAAGGAGUGAAUACAGAUUGUCCCUGCAGUUAACAAACAACCUCCCUUCCUCCAUCCCUACCUACUUCCAUAAGGACAAACGACAGAGGCAGCCAUUAAUCUCUGAAGUCGAAAUAGGGACAGAAAUUGCUACUCCAUUCUGCUUUGGUAGUGACAGGUGCUAUGGUGCUAUAGCAUCCUGUCUGGCUGGCCUUGAGUAACUCCCAAUGCCGUCUCUGAGCGUCAAGUGUGUUAACAAGGACAGGUUAACGGGUUCAUUCUACAGGGAGUUUGUAAGGUGUUUGUUUACACUGUACGUUUUGCCUUCAGUACAAUAUUGGAGCUAGGCCCUACAAUUACACAAUAGAAAGAGAGCUUUCUGACGGUGCUAAGGGAUGUGAGGACAAGCUAAGUGAGAAGAGAGCAGAUGGUGCACCCUUCUGCGUCAAAUGCAGCCUGUCUUGUAAAAUAGAUGCUUCUUGUUCUCCUUCAGGGCAGUGCAGACUGCAGAAUAUGUAACUCUUUUUUUAAUAGACAGGGGUAGAUUGGACUCAUUCAUGCUCAGUUCCAGUCCUAAACAGUGGUCCACUCUGUAGGGGGCAUUGCUGUAACUAUAGGGGUCCUCAGGAGCAGUCCAGUUCAGUAUGAACAGGGGCCGUGUGACAUAGUCUGUUUGGGGUUGCCCCGGGUACAGAGGAAAUUACAUAUCGACUGAGCGGCCCUUUUUAAACAGCAGACAAAUGCUCCCUGAAACAGUGCUGGGUCUCGGAGACGCCCCCAACUUUUGUGAAAAAUCUGCCGAUGUGCCCUUGAGCAAGGCAUUUAACUCUAAUUGCUCCUGUAAGUCGCUCUGGAUUAGUUUUAGGAAUGAGAGAGCAUUGCUCCUUCUCAGAAUCCAAAUGUUGUGUCAUGUUGUUGGCAUCUGGGGUUGGAUAUAGAAGCACCUUGGGCCCCUCAUGUUGUGGUGUUUUGGGAAUUAACUGGCAAAUGCAAAUGCUUGGAUUCUUUAAUCCGCAGGGUAAUCUGCCCAGAGUGAUAUUGAAAUGUAAUCGUACCUUCUCUCCCUCCCAGGCUUUUAGAAUCUAUUUAUUGCCCCAACAACAGGACGUAAACAGCAAUCUUAUGGAGGGAAAUAAACUAGUCUUUAGCUAAAUUGAACUGGGACCAGUUGGUAUAUCUGAGUCUUGAUAUAUCUGAGUUAGUCUUUGAUGGAUGUUCUGAUCUAAAGUCAAGUCUUAUGGGAUGUCUGGAAAGAUAGGUAGGCAUAAAUUACAGCAUAGCUGGCAAGUCGCAUUCAAGGAACAGAAUCACACACCACUGACCCAUGUGGCAAACACCAGAUAGCCGUACACACACACACACACACACACACACACACACACACACACACACACACACACACACACACACACACACACACACACACACACACACACACACUAACACACACUAACACACACUAACACACACUGCUAGACUUUAUUAAUACCACCAGACCUACAUAGUGAAUCCUGGACUGGCCAUAGUCCAUAACCAUCGUGACACGGCACAAAUUCUGACCUCCAGUACUGCCUUUGAUAUUUCAGUCUGUACCUCCCUCGAGAGUGUGUGUGUGUGUGUGUGUGUAUUUGUGAGAGAGGAGAACACGGUUUCACAGCCAAGAAAAGGAGGGAGAGAGAGAGAUUAGUAGUGGGAAAGGGACCCUGUUAGGUUAUGGACCUGGAGGUACACCCAGUCCCUUCUCUUUCCUUUAUCUUUUCUAUCCUCCAUUUUGUUUUCAGGCUGACCUAUCUUCUUAUACAUGUCUACUUCUCUUCUUCCUUAGAAUGGGCUCAAUGCGUUGCACCUGGCAGCUAAGGAGGGCCACGUGGAGCUGGUCCAGGAGCUGCUGGAGAGAGGCUCAGCUGUGGACUCAGCCACCAAGGUGGGUUCCUUUACCGCACUACCGUAUGUGGAACUAGCACAGUAGGAUAGAAACGAAGUAGGAUACGCUACAUGAGCUAAUGGUUGAUGGUCAUGUCCGUCCACGUCCGCUGUAGGGAGACUAUUCAUUUUUAAAGGCUUGUUAGGAGAUUGCAUGCUGGCCAUGUGUUAAGAUUAUAUUUCCCUUAGCUGCUUUGGACUUUUGGAUUACAAAUAAAGAUAGUUAGAAAGAUGAUAAUCAAAUGAGCUGUCAAAAGAAAGUACCCCGAAGAUCAUGGAUGAUAACACAUUUUGUUUUUCUUCCGUUGUGAAAUCUGAUGUGCUGUUUGACACCGAAAGACAAUUGUGCAUUGUUUUAGUUUGUUUAGGCUUGAUAUUGUACUUUCCAACAGAGAUAAAAUAAUUUAAAUGACACAAAAACAGGAUGCAUUUCUCUGAAAAGUCUGCUCGUUCAAGGUAUCGGUCUCCAAAUGAAGGCCCCUAAACGUGGUUUAAGUUUCACACACGACGUUAAGCAGGUCAAUGUCCUGAAACAGCUCUCCUCACACUCUUGCCCUACAUUAACCUGACUCUUAACCUUUCCAACAGUGAGACAACACUACCAUACCCAGGGCAGACAGCCAUAUCCCUAACCAGCACCCAAUCCACUGCACUGCACUGGAACCUAACACCGUCACAUGACUGUGCACUCUAGCUUCAGAGCACUAGGGUGUAGCAGGCAGGAAAGGGGAUACAGCUAGUUUCAUUGAACAUGGAGGUAGUUAUGCUAAGCUGUGAAAAUUGAGAAGGUUUAUUCCUUCUAAAGAGCAUGUUUAGGUGUCGUGUGACUUGUUACAGAUGUAGGAUCUUAAUUUGAUCACCCUGUUGCAGGAAAACUUUCCUGUAAUGCAGGAAAUUUCAAACAUGUGUAGCUCAGUUGGUAGAGCAUGGCGCUUGCAAUGCCAGGGUUAUGGGUUCGAUUCCCACGGGGGCCAGUAUGAAAAAAUGUAUGCACUCACUAACUGUAAGUCGCUCUGGAUAAGAGCAUCUGCUAAAUGACUAAAAUGUAAAUGUUUAAAAUCAGAAUUUACUUGACUUAUGUUUCAUAGCAAUCACUGGUUCAUAUUUAAUUGUGUUUGCUGUACAUGACUCAUUUAAAUGACAACCGAACUGAUUUGUUAAUCACCAUGCCCUAAUUAAAAGCAUUGAGGGAUUAAGGCUCUCUAUGAGUGAUAACUCUUCAUUAUCUCUGGCUGUCUGUAUCACAGCAUCAGUAGGAGUGCUCCUCAGAAAGGCCCACUCAUCUCCAUCACUGAGCCAUAUGUGUCUGUGGAUAUGCCUGUUUGGGGUGUCACAUCUCCAAUCAGUGAUGGAGAGAAUUAAUGAUGAAAAAGUAGUAAUAGGAGUGGCUGUAGACAAUGAGAUGGCGGUGAUGACUGUGUGUGUGUGUGUGUAUCAAACAUUUGAUACUAUAAUAAUACAAUUUGUAUGCUUUUUGUCAAAGCUGAAAUACAGGACAAAGUCGUUUUUGUCAUUUCUGUUUAUGUCAGAAAUGACAGUUUAUGUCAUUACUGUAUGUUAUCCAUCCUCUUUGUAAGACAGAGGUGAAAAUGGAACCCCUUGUUUUGUGUAUUGAUUGACACAGUUCACCUUGUUCUCUAUAAUGGUGUAAUAUGUGUCCAUCUGUGUUCUUCCAUCCCAGAAAGGGAACACAUCCCUCCACAUUGCCUCUCUGGCCGGACAGGCCGAGGUGGUGAAGAUACUGGUGAAGCGCGGAGCAGAAAUCAACUCUCAAUCUCAGGUAAGAGAUACAGUAGCAUGGCGGCAGCCAUCUUGCUUUCGUCUCAAAUCCCUACCAGCUCUGAUCAGGAUUUGUGUGGCAAAACGAUGCCAUACCAUUGCUCUGACCAUACCAUGCUGUGGACAUAUACCAGUUUAUAGGCAUACAUGCCUAUGCAAAUAAAUAUGGGCUAUGGACAUACUUGUUUUCUGUGCAGUCAAAUUGAUAUUGUAUUGGUUCUUCCUCCACAAAAUGAUGUAUCACCAAAAUGAUGUAACCUACUGUAGGCAUGCAGCAGUUGAUAAUAUACCUGCUGUGCUGUUGUGUCUCCAGAAUGGCUUCACCCCUCUGUACAUGGCUGCUCAGGAGAACCAUAUAGACGUGGUGCGUUACCUACUGGAGAACGGAGGGAACCAGAGCACCGCUACAGAGGUAGGGAGUGUGUGUGUGUGCAUUUGUGUAUGUGUAUGUGUGUAUCUUCGUACAUGUUUUAAGUAAAUGGUUUGAAGUUUUCAGUCUGUGUGAGGAUGUGUGUGAACAUUGUGUUUUACCAGGCGUGAUCCUGAUGAAAUAAAGUUUGUGCUGUUUUAUGCCUUAUCAUUGUUGGUCUGUGGCUAUGGAUAACCUUCUCCCUCCUCCCUCUCCUUCCCUCCUCCAGGAUGGCUUCACCCCACUGGCCAUCGCUCUGCAGCAGGGCCACAACCAGGUGGUGUCCGUCCUGCUGGAGAACGACACCAAGGGUAAGGUGCGGCUGCCCGCCCUGCACAUCGCCGCCCGCAAGGACGACACCAAGUCUGCUGCGCUGCUCCUUCAGAAUGACCACAAUGCAGACGUGCAGUCCAAGGUACGGCCGGAGGGAAGGGGUUAAUGGUUAAAACGUGCAUCUGUGUUAUUGGGUUAGCGUGUGUCUGUGGUGCUACGACCAUGUGUUGUCAAUGGGGGCAAGACCGACAUGCUGUAGGACUGUAAGGGAAUUGAAUACAGGGUACUUGUUACAGUUUUGUUUGUCAGUGCUUUGUGGUGUAUUUCUAGUAUCAAUACGAACAAGUUUCAAUGAAAAAAAGGGUGUAAUGAGAAUGAGUCAGUGUUGACAUACAUUAGCCCUUGUCCGUCUGUCUGAGGUGUAGCUGUCUCUCUGUCUGUCCAUCUCUCUCCUUCAGUGUUGUGUGCCUGCCACUAGUUCAUUGGUCCUGCCACUAACCGGGUCUCUCUCUCUUCCUGUCUUAUCUAUCUAUCUGAUCCACUCACACCCCCCUCCCCCCAUCACUCGCAACCGCACCCCCGGUGUUUAUGUGGAGCACUGUCCACUGCAUGGAGUGUGCGGAGUGUGCUAUUGUCCACAGGUCGUAUUGUUGAAUGUUGCAAUUUGAGGGUUGCAUGCAUCCUUGGGUUUCUGGCAAAAUGUGUUUUUAGGGGUGGGUGGGUGAGGGUAAGGGGAUGGGCUGUGGCUAGAGUGAAGUGCAGGUUCCCAUAUUUUGAAGGACAGUAGCCUAUACUGAAAUAAUAUUCUACGGUACACCAGGGCUAUUCAAUGAACUGUCUCAAGGUCUUCACUGUAGCACUGCUGGUUUCUUUAGUUGUUUGAACUGUUAUUGUCAUUGAAUGGCCAGAGUCCACUCAUGGAUUACCAAUGUCUGAAUCAGUCCCUUUUGAUUGACUGAUUUAUUUUGGGGAAAAGCAAUUUGCACAGUUUAAAAACAAAAUAAAAGUACAAAGAACCCCAGAGGACAACACAUGAAAGCAUUAAAUACAUUUAUUUCCAAUGUGGUCCUGGUUGUAGGACGAUAACAGGAAACAGAAUGAGUGAAAAUUAGCAGUGCUGCUGUUGUUCACCAGGAAUUGAACAGCCCUGCACUGCAAACACUAUGGCAUACCAGUUAUCAUUGGUGUUGUCACUGAACAUAACAUUGUCCUUGUGUCAGGCCUAAUGUUAAUGAUAUUACAUAAUAUAAAACAGUGUAUGCCAGCAUUUCCCAGACUCAGUCCUCGAGACCCCAAGGGGUACACGUUUUGGUUUUUGCCCUAACACUACACAGCUGAUUCAAAUGAUCAAAGGUUGAUGAUUAGUUGAUUAUUUGAAUCAGCUAUGUAGUACUAGGGCAAAAAACUAAACGUGCACCCCUUGGGGUCCAGAGGACUGGGUUUGGGAAACCCUGGUGUAUGCAGACAUGAAAUGCUGAAAUGAUUACGGCUCAGCUGUUUCCAUGCAGUACUCUUCACCAUGACUCACUGGGGAGACCCAGAGGAGGGUGGAUGAAGACUGCAGCAUGAAAACACACUCUCACACACACCACAUGUAGACAUUAAACACAGAGCACUCUCACCAAAUACCUCUGAACACAGUCCUGUGACGAUUACCUGAAUUAGUUUGGCAAUAACCACCAUCUUAAAAGCUUAAUUAGGUGACUCUCUAGUGAGUUUGGCCUUGUGGUGCAAAAUGGCUGCCAUACAUCACUGUUGUGUGAGUUGCAUAGAGUGAGUAAGGCCUGCUCAUAGAACAUAGUAUUAUGUACAGUAUACAUGUAUGUCUAUGGACUUGCUACUCUCAUUGUAAAACAUCUGAAGGUCUUUGGAUAAAAGAUGCGAUAAAGCAUAUGAAGAGUUUAUUUCCAAAACGCUAUAUCCACAAAUGUUUUACAUUUUUGUUUUUUCAUCAGAAACUAUUGCUUAUUUCAUGUGUGUGUAAAAUAUUAUUGUUCUCAGAUUUUUAAUUCAUAGAUUUUAGAUGUUUUUUUUGUUUUGUUUUUUUGGGCAAAACGCUAAAUAUCCAUUGUUUAGCUGGAAUGGAAAGUUCGUAUCCUGUAUAUUUGACUGUGAUAUGUGGUUAUCUCACCUAGCCAUCUUAAGAUGAAUGCACUUACUGCAAGUCGCUCUGGAUAAGAGCAUUUGCUAAAUGACUACAGAUCUACAGAUCUGACAUUACUGGAUUUUAUAUUGAUGUCACAAAUGUAUCAUUUAUAGAGUUCUCUAUUAAAAAUGUAGUUAUUUGUUACAUUUGACUGUGUAAAACCUGGCAGUACUUAGUUCUCUGAAAGUGAGGUGGAUAGCAAAGAAAAUUACAUUGAACAACCAACCUCAUGACGUGAUUAUAUAGUGAAAAAACACACCAAUCUCUUUCAUAAUUUCUUAAAAACAAUAAAAGCUCAUUUCAGAAAAUGUAUAUAUAUAGCAUUUUGGAAUUAAACUCUUCAUAUACAGUCUAGCAAUAAAGCUGUUUUUGAAGAGAAUCAUACCCCUCUAGCCACUUUGCCUGUAUUUCUUGUAUUGCACAGCUACCCUGAACAUUGAGCAUCUGUAUGACUGUGUGUAAAAUAACUAAGGUUUUUCCCUUCCUUAUCUCUGCUGCUUCAGAUGAUGGUCAAUAGGACUACGGAGGUAUAACCACUAUGUCUAGCACUCAAACCUUCAUCAUAACCACAUCACUUUUAUUGUUUGUCUUUGUGUCAUUUUAGCACUUUAUUUCCUUCACUUCUAUAGCACUGCAUGGCGGAAAUAGACCCGGAUCUUUCAGUCUUUCGCAAUCUCUUUAUGGUUCAAUUCUUUUCUGUAUUGUUACGCAUGCAUGAUGUUAUCUCGAAUGGCCCACUCGCUCAAGUAGUUUAUCUCGCACAUCAUGUGCCUUAGUAGUUUGUCUUUCAGUUAGAAAACCGUCAUCGGUUAAUUUAUUUUACUUUGUGCAUACUUUUGACAUACUUUCGUUUUCAUUGGUUGGUUUCUGGAGUUUUAUUGAUGCUAUCCCAAGCUCAGAGAGUUGAUUUAUAUCCUUAAUGAUAAUCUCAUAAUCACCUAUACAUUUCACACUAAGAUGAUUUUACAUGAUGGAUAAUAAUUUUUACAGUGUUAAAGGGAUACUUCAGGAUUUUGUCAAUGAGUCAGAUGAACUCGUGGAUACCAUUUUUAUGUCUCUGCGUGCAGUUUGAAGGAAGUUUCUAACUAACGCUAGGUAGCUUAGUGGGUAGCUUAGUGGUUAAGAGCGUUGUGCCAGUAACCGAAAGGUCGCUAGUUCUAAUCCCCGAGCUGACUAGGUGAAAAUCUGUCGAUGUGCCCUUGAGCAAGGCACUUAACCCUAAUUGCUCAUGUAAGUCGCUCUGGAUAAGAGCGUCUGCUAAAUGACUAAAACGUCAAACGUAAACAAUUGCUAACUAGCAUAAGUGUAAUGACUGGAAGUCUAUGGGUAUCACAUACCCUUAGACUUCCAGUUAUUGUGCUAACACUAGUUAGCAUUGGCUCGCAAAACUACCUCUAACUUCCUUCUUACUGGACACAGAGACAAAAAAAUGGUGUCCACUAGUUCAUCUGACUCUGGGGAAGUAGAUAAAGGGCAUCAUUGCCAAAAUUCCGAAGUAUCUCUUUAAUGUUUAUAUAUAGAAUUUCUACAUGUGUUGCAUGCCAUUCAUUUAUAUUGUAGAUGCACUAUGAACUAAAUUGAUAUUAUUUGACAAAGCAUAAAACAAUGUUAUUGAUAUAAUGAGGUCGUAAUUGUCACAUCUUUACAUUUACAAAGAGCUUGAGAUAAGAUAAAGAAAUAGUAAUAUUAUAAGAAAUAUAUCAAUGCAAAUAUAUGUAUAUUAUACUUGCAAGAAGCAUGUUUUAUAUAGUAUAGUAUAUUACUGCAAUGGCAUGAUAGAACAUCAAUCAAAAAGUAUCCAGGUGCUUUACAGAUCAUUUUCUUGAAGAACAAAAGCACUAUAUAGCAUGAUGCAUCCCGACUAUUUUCAUUUGCACCAUUAUCAGCUGUCAGCUUUAAAUGUGUAAUUUUGAAUCAUCGCGUAGUCACUACAAUUCUUCACACUUUUGUAAAUAAUGUUUUCACAUUAAAUCGGACCAUGACUUUCAGAAUGGAAAGGUAAGGCAAGAAUUUAACAAUACUCCAACUGCUCUGCAAUAGCCCUCUCUGAUUUCUUAUGAUUCCUAACAUGACAAUAUGGCGUACAGUGACAUAGUGCACUUUGGUGUUGAUAAAAAAAAUACAGUCAUGGUUUUUGGAACCACUUUUUUGAUUUGGUGUCUUUUUUCUCUGUCCUGUAAAUGUAUGGUUAACUAAUACUGUGUGUCAAUUGUUUGGUUGAUAUUAACAGUCUGUGUGAACUGUACGUCUAUUCGUUUUUUAUUUCCUUAAUUUCUUUCUUUAUUAUUUAAAUAAAUGGAGAAACUAUAGAUUUGAUUUUGUUCUGACUGUAGGAUAACCAGUUGCAUGGUAGUCUUUCUGAGUGUGUGUUUGUGUGUAUGCAUACAGUAUGUAAUUUGCGUGUAUGUGCAUAAUUGAGUCAUGAUUUUCUGAAACUGAAUUUUAAGAUGUAUUUCCCUUCAUCUCUUUGGUUUCCUCCCUCUUCUUAGUUUGAAGCGUUGCUCUUUUACAUGUAUUAAUUUCCUUUUCUUUCUUUCUUUUGGUGAUGGUUAAUGCGACUGUUGCAUGCUGGGAUAGUGGAGGUCAAGGGUCAGGGGUCAGGCUUUGGCGUCAUGAAUGAGGCUAGUAUCUAACCCACUGUCUCUCUCUCUCCCUCCCUCUCUCUAUGUUCACCCCUGUGUUACAGAGUGGAUUCACGCCACUUCAUAUCGCUGCCCACUAUGGAAACGUGAACGUGGCCACGCUACUGCUAAAUCGUGGGGCGGCUGUGGACUUUACAGCUAGGGUAGGUACCAUUACCAUAGCUAGGGUAGGUACCAUUACCAUAGCUAGGGUAGGUACCAUUACCAAACUAUUACAACAACCUUCUGAUCUGCAGUCAGUGCUAUCGUUGCACAGCAAGGUCUUGGGAUCCAUCACGAUAAACUCUUUUGUGUUCAUUCCUUUACUGGAACUAGUGCAAAGAUUGCAGGUUAUAGGAAUGGCUGCCCACACGCACUGUGCCAAGAACCAUAAAACACAGGAGACUUUAGAGCACAUACGCACACACACACACACAUUUUAAGCGAGUAGGGUGAAAUGCCCUUUAGGAACCCACAGUCAGCGAUUGAGUUGCUUUCUAGGACAAUGACACCUUCUGCCUCAGCACUUCCCUUUUCUCGGAAUCCUCAUGUCCGUGUGUGGUCCCCAUCAGCCACUCAGACAGAGAAAGGAAUGAGUCUUAGGGGAAUGCCAGUCCUUUUCAUGAGAUAGAACUCAAGGCGAGAGAUGGAGAUAGUUGUCUGGCCAAGCUGAAAGAUUACUUGAAGGUCACAGACUCAAUGCAGUCCUAUUCUGACUGAGCCCUUAGUGUCUACAGCUAAAGAACACAUCCACUAACCCAGCAAGGGACUCCACAGUCAGAAACCUUACCUUUUAUUUGCAGAAACGUAACACUCAAAAACACUGUAAAUUCUGCUAUGUCACACUUUCUCAGGCGUUUUUAGUCACAGUCAUCAUAACAAGCUGUGUGUCCUGCAGUGCUCUGGACCAGGCUGAGGAAAAAAGCUUUCACAUUGUCAAGAUUUCACAGAAAUCAGAGGAGUGGCCGAACGCCAAAAUAACAUAACAAAUCCUAACAGAAAGAAUGAACAGGAGCCAUUCAUCAGCAAUUCCAUUCAAUUCAAGGUUUAUUGUCCCAGCAAAGAAAUUCAUUGAGGUAUAUUAGAAAGCGUGACAGCAUUCACUAGAGGCCUUGUCCUGAACUACCCCCACUGUUUGAGGAACAACAUUGCACGUAAUAGAAGCUGGUCAAAAGUAGUGCACUAUGUAGGGAAUAGGAUGCCAUUUGGGCCAGUACCUAGGUUAUAACACAGCUUUGUUAUUGCCACAGAUGGGUCAGUGUGGAACAGGGUAUCAGUUAUCACGAUUAUAACUCUAAUAUUCUAGUAAAGCUGCCUGUCUAAUCAGGAAAACAUCUGUACCGGCUGGCAGAUUUGAUACAAUAAUAAAGCCCUGCAUGUGUUUACUAGUAAACAAGCUCCACAACAAAAACAACAAUAAUACACUAGAAAACCCUAACCUAAGAGAACCCUAACCUAAGAGAACCCUAACCUAAGAAAACCUAAGAUUUGUGGUAAACAGGGGAUACUGUAUGUUUGUUUUGUCUGUGUCAGUUUUAUCUUGUGUGUGUGUGUGCGUGUGCGUGUGUGUGUGCAUGCGUGUGCGUGCCGAUGUGCACAUAGAGACGCUUUGUCCUGAUACCUCCACUGUCUGAGGAACAACAUUACACAUAAUAUAAACUGUACACUGGCCUUGUAACAGCACAUAUAUAUACAGUAGGAUGUGUAGUUAUAUACCAUUAGUUCAAUUGUUUAUUUCAUUUUUAAUGUGUCUUCAAUUGUGUUAUGUGUAUUUCAGAAUGGGAUCACGCCCCUCCACGUGGCCUCUAAGCGUGGCAACGCUAACAUGGUGCGCCUCCUACUGGACAGGGGUUCUCAGAUCGAUGCUAAGACCAGAGUGAGUCCACACACAUACGCGUACACACACACACACAAACACACACACUCAUACAACCAGUACACGUACACACACGUGCACAUACACAGACCGUUUGACCCCAUCACUGUGCACAAGUGUGUGACGCAGUGUCCUUGCUACCAAAAUGUCAUUAUUGUCCAGUGGCAGUGCUGCAGUCACUUUCCACCAGACUCCGCCUUGGACCUCUUCUUCAGCUGCAGCAAUGUAUCAUAGUCUCAUCCACAGCCAGUGGUGACGCAUUGGGUCACUGUGUGUGUGUGCGUUGUGUGUGUGUGUGUUUUAAGUUUAUGUAUUGUAUAAGUAGGUGUACUCACUGUUCAUGUUGUAUGUGGGUGUGUUGAUAAGUGUGAGAGAAGGUGUGUGUGUGUGUGUAUGUACUGCAUAGCUGGUGGAUUUGUGUGUGUGUGUGUGUGUGUACUGCAUAGCUGGUGGAUGUGUGUGUGUGUUUGUGUGUACUGCAUAGCUGGUGGAUGUGUGUGUAUGUUUGUGUGUACUGCAUAGCUGGUGGAUGUGUGUGUGUGUGUGUGUGUGUGUGUACUGCAUAGCUGGUGGAUGUGGGUGUGUGUGUGUGUGUGUGUACUGCAUAGCUGGUGGAUGUGGGUGUGUGUGUGUGUGUGUGUACUGCAUAGCUGGUGGAUGUGUGUGUGUGAGUGAGAGCUGCAGCACUAUGUAUUUACGGCUAGCUCACUAGAGAAUAACUUGUUGAGUCUAAAAGCCCUCCAUUUUGACAUGCUAUUAUUCUUGUGUCCUUGGCCGUUUUGCUGCUCAAUCAGCUUACUGCAUUAACUUAGGGCAAAAAUCCCCUCUGACGCAACCACUCUCCCUCCUCUCUCAAAUCACUCCAUCACUAUACCUCCCUCCUCUCUCAAAUCACUCCAUCACUAUACCUCCCUCCUCCCUCAAAUCACUCCAUCACUAUACCUCCCUCCUCCCUGAGCCUGACAAUCUAUCCAUCUUUCAUAACAGAAAACAUCCUGUUUUUAAUUGCGCAAUAGAUAUUUAUGCGGCCAUUACCAAGGUAUUAAAUCCUAAUAUAAUUCUAAUGUCCAGAGUUAAUAUAAAUAACACAUAGAAAGAUUAUGUGAUUAGACCCUAACGUAACGAUAACGUCCACUCAACGUUAGAUAACGGUACAGUUCCGGUCAGUGCAGGACAGUGCCCAUUUAGACAAUUAACAUUCUAUUACCUGCGUAUUAUAUCCAUAUAAUUUUAAUUGUCCAGAGUUAAUGUUGAUAUAAUAUCAUAUAGGUGCUGCGUCUCAAAUCUGAAAUGACACCCUAUUCCCUAUAUAGUGCACUACAUUUGACCAGUGCCCUAUAGAGUUCUGGUAAAAAGUAGUGCACUAUGUAGGGAAUAGGGUGCCAUUUGGGCCAAUACCUAGGUUAUAACACAGCUUUGUUAUUGCCACAGAUGGGUCAGUGUGGGACAGGGUAUCAGUUAUCACGAUUAUAACUCUAAUAUUCUAGUAAAGCUGCCUGUCUAAUCAGGAAAACAUCUGUACCGGCUGGCAGAUUUGAUACAAUAAUAAAUCCCUGCAUGUGUUUAGUGGUAAACAAGCUCCACAACAAAAACAACAAGAGUGCCCUAGAAAAUCCUACAGCGGGGCUAUCCUCAGUGGUUUUUUGUGCAUUUUAUUACACAAGCAGAGUUGAGGUUAACAGAGGAUACUGUAUGUUUGUUUUGUUUUGUCUGUGUCAGUUUGAUCUCUGGUGUGUGUGUGUGUGUGUGUGUGUGUGUGUGUGUGUGUGUGUGUGUGUGUGUGUGUGUGUGUGUGUGUGUGUGUGUGUGUGUGCGUGUGCGUGCGUGUGCGUGCGUGCGUGUGUGUGUGUGUGUGUGUGUGGUUUGUGUGUGUGCGUCCAUGUGCGUGCGUGCCUGCCUAUGUGCGCAGAGAGAGGUGAGGUUAACAUGGUUAACAUGUAAUUGAAGCAAGGGUCAAGGACAUUUCAGCCACCAUGUUUCAAUACGUGUCUCUAUAUGCAUCUGUAUGCAUCCAUUGUUUGACACGGUAUUGAAUUGAACUAAGCCUUUCGUCCACUGAGAGCCAAUCUACUCAGAUACUCAGGGGACUUAGCCACAGAUAUAAUCUAGUAAAAUAAUGUAAAUCCAUUGUGGAUGAACAAGGUUCACUCUGUAGUGAACCAGGGAAUGGAACAAUCACCCCUUAGAUAGACAUGUCACAACCUGAUCAAUACUCUGCUACCACCGGUGACCUUGUGUUAUGUGUAUACGUGUGUGUAUUCAUGCGAGAUUGGGGGUUGUUUUGUGUGUGUGUGCGUGCGUGUGUGUGCGAGUGUGUUUUGUUUGCCCUGUGUGUUUGAACCGUAUAUAUAUAUGUUUGUGUGUGUGUGUGUGUGUGUGUGUGUGUGUGUGUGUGUGUGUGUGUGUGUGUGUGUUCAUGUGGUAUGGGGUUAUUGGUAUACAAAUAUGUGUGUGUGUGUGUGUGUGUAUUUGACUAUCUGUGUGUGUGUUUUCUGCAGGACGGCCUCACACCUCUACACUGUGCGGCCAGGAGUGGACAUGACCCUGCAGUGGAGCUACUGCUGGAGAGAGGAGCACCCAUGCUGGCCAGGACCAAGGUACACACACACACACACACACUCACACACACACACAUAUCGCAGUGCUAGCUGUGCCACUAGAAAUCCUGGUUCGAAUCCAGGCUCUGUCGUAGCCGGCCGUGACCGGGAGACCCAUGGGGCGGCGCACAGUUGUCCAGGGUAGGGGAGGGACUGGCCGGCAGGGAUGUAGCUCAGUUGGUAGAGCAUGGCCAGGGUUGUGGGUUCGAUUCCCACGGGGGGUAUGAUUAUAAUUUUUUUUAAAUAAAAAAUAAUGUAUGCACUCACUAACUGUAAGUCGCUCUGGAUAAGAGCGUCUGCUAAAUGACAAAAAAAUAUAUAAUAAUAAUGAGAACAUGUAUAAUUAUUGUGCAAUUCAUAUCUAUAGGCUAGAUUUAGGUUUUUCUUUCAUCAUUUUUAUCUGGCGUUAGUUCGUAGCCUAAACCUAAGCUUUAGGGCAUAACUGUAGCGUGACAUAUACACACCAACUGCCAAAUGCUCUGGGAUCUUGGGCAGAAAAAGGUAAUGUCGAUCCACUGAGGCAUAAAGGACAAUGUCAGAGUUUAAUUAAAAAAGAGAAAAGCUGCGAAAUGGAAAGUUGAAAAUAAAAAGAAGUGCGGGCCAGAACAGUAGUCUAAUGUUUGGGAAAGAUUUGCUGAAAUGUUAAAAGAGGAUGAUAUGUGUUAUGAUUGUGAGGCGAUACACAAAUUUGACAGUCGCAAGACAGGGGACUUCAUGGAAUAGUAGCCACUGACUGUAGGUCUAUAACCUCUCACAUAGCCUUAAUAUUAACUCCUCCAGAAUUAAGCAUUUCUUGCAGUAAAAUUAUACACCAAAUGUACAUUUUUACUCGGGAGUGGCAAAAUAUUAUUUAUUUAUUUCAGCAUCUUGAGAGAAUGAAUGUGCGGUUAGGGACCAUCUGUAAAGGUGGCGGUGCUAUCUUUAUCAGCAUCAUAAAACCUGAUAGUAUUUCAACCAUAUAAAAGAUGCAUCCAAGCCGAACUGAAAUCGUAGAUUUUUUUUUUAGGUUGUUUUAAAAGCUUUUAAUUUCCUUAGAACCGGUCAAACUGAUGUCAUUUGUAAAUUUUGCAUGGAAAACCUUUCCCAUUUUUUUUUUUUUUUGCAUUUGCUCCAUUUGCAUUUGCUUCUGUGCGGGUCUCAGAUUUUCACUUUAGCACUUGUAUUAUUAGCAAUUGUGGGCGGGUGCGGGUGAACGAAUAGCUGACCCACGCAUCACUAACACACACUCUCACUCUGACCAUCUCUCUCUCUCUCUGUAGAACGGUCUGUCUCCUCUCCACAUGUCAGCGCAAGGCGACCAUGUCGAGUGUGUCAAGCACCUGCUGCAGCACAAGGCGCCUGUUGAUGAUGUUACACUGGACUACCUGACGGCGCUGCACGUCGCUGCCCACUGCGGUCACUACAGAGUCACCAAGCUGCUGCUGGACAAGAGGGCCAACCCCAACGCUAGAGCACUGGUACUACUCACAAUCCUAUUACCACUAAUACAAUGACUUCCAAUACACUACGCCUAUACACUAUAUAUACAAAAGUAUGUGGACACCCCUUCAACUUAGUGGAUUCGGCUAUUUCAGCCACACCCAUUGCUGACAGGUGUAUAAAAUCAAGCACACAGCCAUGCACUCUCCAUAGACAAACAAUGGCAGUAGAAUGGCCUUACUGAAGAGCUCAGUGACUUUCAACGUGGCACCGUCAUAGGAUGCCACCUUUCCAACAAGUCAGUUCGUCAAAUUUCUGCCCUGCUAGAGCUUCCCCGGGUCAACUGUAAGUGCUGUUAUUGUGAAGUGGAAACGUCUAGGAGCAACAACGGCUCAGCCAUGAAGUGGUAGGCCACACAAGCUGACAGAACGGGAACGGUGAGUGCUGAAUCACUGAAUGGCUACAGUUAGGCCCUAAAGCUUAGGCUUAGGCUACGAACAAGUGGCAGAUAAAAAUUGUCUGUCCUCGGUUGCAACGCUCACUAUCGAGUGCCAAACUGCCUCUGGGAGCAACGUCAGCACAAGAACUGUUCGUCAGGAGCUUCAUGAAAUGGGUUUCCAUGGCCGAGCAGCCGCACACAAGCCUAAGAUCACCAUGCGCAAUGCCAAGCAGUGGUGUAAAGCUCGCCGCCAUUGGACUCUGGAGCAGUGGAAACGCGUUUUGGCGGAUGCCAGGAGAACGCUACCUGCCCCAAUGCAUAGUGCCAACUGUAAAGUUUGGUGUAGGAGGAAUAAUGGUCUGGGGCUGUUUUUCAUGGUUCGGGCUAAGCCCCUUAGUUCCAGUGAAGGGAAAUCUUAACGCUAAAGCAUACAAUGACAUUCUAGACGAUUCUGUGCUUCCAACUUUGUGGCAACAGUUUGGAGAAGGCCCUUUCCUGUUUCAACAUGACAAUGACCCCGUGCACAAAGUGAGGUCCAUACAGAAACGGUUUGUCCAGAUCGGUGUGGAAGAACUUGACUGGCCUGCACAGAGCCCUGACCUCAACCCCAUUGAACACCUUUGGGAUGAAUUGGAACGCCGACUGCGAGCCAGGCCUAAUCGCCCAACAUCAGUGCCAACCUCACUAAUGCUAUUGUGGCUGAAUGGAAGCAAGUCCCCGCAGCAAGCAAUGUUCCAACAUCUAGUGAAAAGCCUUCCCAGAAGAGUGGAGGCUGUUAUAGCAGCAAAGGGGGGACCAACUCCAUAUUAAUGCCCAUGAUUUUGGAAUGAUAUGUUCGACGAGCAGGCGUCCACAUACUUUUGGUCAUGUAGUGUACGUAUGGUGGCUAUUUUGCCGAUUCUAUUUCAAAGAGACAGAACUUGGUAAAACACAGUUUUGAGUGAAAAUAAGAUGGCCUCUCCUAUAUGUCUCAACAUGUCAACAAUGUCCCUACAUGUAUAUGCCACCUGUACUGUAGGUGUGUUUCAUUCAUUCUGUGUCUGGGGUGUGUGUCUGUCAGAAUGGCUUCACCCCGCUGCACAUCGCCUGUAAGAAGAAUAGAGUGAAGGUGAUGGAGCUGCUGGUCAAGUAUGGAGCUUCUAUCCAGGCCAUCACAGAGGUAGGACACUAGCCUUCAAAAUGUAAACAGUUACAUCAUAAUACACAAUUAUACGUGUAUUAUUAGAUAAUACACAAAUUAGCGUCUACAAUAUACAGUACACAAGAAUGCAACCCCACACCUCUUAUCACUUCAAUAUGGUUGACUUAAAGGUAGACUCAGCGAAAUGACGUUACCACGAGCAGCACCGGAGAUAUUGAGAUGAGCGAGAUGCACGACUUCGCUCUCACACAGUCACACACAGUAUCUGCGCAUGUGCACGUGUUCGCUUCAUGCUGUUACAGCAUGGUAGCCAGGGCACCAAAACAGCGGAGAAGUUGAGCCUUGCGCUUCAACACUCUUAGUUGUUGCGGAAAUUGACCCACUAUGCUGUUUACUUUCUGCAUCUACUUCAUAUCGCUGAGUCUACCUUUAAUAUAACAUAUGCCAUUUAUACACUAGUUUCAUUAGCUAUUGUGUUUUGACCAGAACUGGCUUCAAACACAUAAACAGUACUGUAUGUACACUACUGUUCAAAUGUUCCAUUAAAAUAACAUAAUAUUGAUCAGAAAUACAGUGUAGACAUUGUUCAUGUUGUAAAUGGCUAUUGUAGCUGGAAACGGCUGAUAUUUAAUGGAAUAUCUACAUAGGCGUACAGAGGCCCAUUAUCAGCAACCAUCAGUCCUGUGUUCCAAUGGCACGUGGUGUUUGCUAAUCCAAGUUUAUCAUUUUAAAAGGCUAAUUGAUCAUUAGAAAACCCUUUUGCAAUUAUGUUAGCACAGCUGAAAACUGUUGUGCUGAUUAAAGAAGCAAUAUAACUGUCCUUCUUGAGACUAGUUGAGUAUCUGGAGCAUCAGCAAUUGUGGGUUCGAUUACAGGGUCAAAAUGGCCAGAAACAAAUAACUUUCUUCUGAAACUCAUCAGUCUAUUCUUGUUCUGAGAAAUGAAGGCUAUUCCAUGCGAGAAAUUGCCAAGAAACUGAAACAGAAACAGACGCCUCACAGGUCCUCAACUGGCAGCUUCAUUAAAUAGUACCCGUAAAACACCAGUCUAAACGUCAACAGUGAAGAGGCGACUCCGGGAUGCUGACCUUCUAGGCAGAGUUGCAAAGAAAAAGCCAUAUCUCAGACUGCCCAUCUUAAUCGUUUCUUUUUAUUGGCCAGUCUGAGAUAUGGCUUUUUCUUUGCAACUCUGCCUAGAAGGUCAGCAUCCCGGAGUCACCUCUUCACUGUUGACGUUGAGACUGGUGUUUUGCGGGUACUAUUUAAUGAAGCUGCCAGUUGAGGACCUGUGAGGCGUCUGUUUCUCAAACUAAACACUCUAAUGUAUUUGUCCUCUUGCUCAUUUGUGCACCGGGGCCUCCCACUCCUCUUUCUAUUCUGGUUAGAGCCAGUUUGCGCUGUUCUAAGAAGGGAGUAGUACACAGCGUUGUACGAGAUCUUCAGUUUCUUGGCAAUUUCUCGCAUGGAAUAGCCUUCAUUUCUCAGAACAAGAAUAGACUGACGAGUUUCAGAAGAUGUAGAUAUUCCAUAACAAAUCAGCCGUUUCCAGCUACAAUCGCCAUUUACAACAUUAACAAUGUCUACACUGUAUUUCUGAUCAAUUUGAUGUUAUUUUAAUGGACAUAAAAAUAGCUUUUCUUUCGAAAACAAGGACAUUUCUAAGUGACCCCAAACUGUUGAACGGUAGUGUAUGUAAAGAUGAAACAUUUCUUGAUCGAAUCUCUCGCCGUCCCCCUCUUCCUUUCUCUCCAGUCUGGCCUGACUCCUAUCCACGUAGCAGCCUUCAUGGGUCACCUCAACAUCGUCCUACUGCUGCUACAGAACGGAGCCUCGCCUGACGUCAGCAACAUUGUGAGUGAUGAGGGUUAAUGUGGUGAUGGACAGUGUGUGGACGUGUCUUAGCACGUUGUUUGUUUAUGCUAUCGCAGGUGUGUGUGUCUCUACAAUGUUCUUGGCGUGUUUGUGUGUGUUUCUGCUGACUCGUAUGUGUGUGUUGUGUGUAGCGUGGGGAGACUGCUCUACACAUGGCGGCCAGGGCAGGACAGGUGGAGGUGGUGCGCUGUCUGUUGAGGAACGGAGCCAUGGUGGACGCCAGAGCCAGGGUAACACAUUUAACUACACCACUUACCACUUAGUACCAUUUAGGAUAAGGCUGUUAUCAUCUGUGUUGAACUCUUCAAAGAAACCUACCAAAAAGUACCAAUUGCUUCCACAAAACAUAAUUAAACAGGGCUGUAAAAUUAAACAUUACAGCACUUUAACUAUGCCCAUUAAUUUCAAAUACCAUAAAAGUCAUAUCCCCCAUAACCUCAAUCUCUCUAUAUAUGUCUCUAAUAAAACUAAUAUUCUGCCCACUAUAACCUCCAUGUCUCUACCCCUCCAGGAGGACCAGACUCCCCUCCACAUCGCGUCUCGUCUGGGGAAGACUGAGAUAGUCCAGCUGCUACUGCAGCAUAUGGCCCACCCUGACGCCUCCACGACUAACGGAUACACACCCUUACACAUCUCAGCCAGGGAGGGACAGGUGGACGUGGCUUCAGUGCUGCUGGAGGCAGGCGCCUCACACUCACUGGCUACUAAGGUGGGUGGAGGGCACACACACUCACACACACCUACAUUUCACCGCCUACGCUCAAGCACACACACUCACACACACCUACAUUUCACCGCCUACGCUCAAGCACACAUGCUCACAUACACAACUCACACCUGUACAUCUUGGUGCUAUUUUUGUGGGGAUUUUUUUUAUGGAUGAAAUAUAUCCCCUUCUUUCCUUGUGGAUUAUAUAAGAAAUAUAUCUUGAUUCACUGUAUGGCAUGUUUCACAGGCGCCCACUAUGGGGCCACUGUCAGUAUGAACUGCUUUAAUCUGGUUGAAUCAAUUAUGGGUUCAUGAUUCUUUGGAGAACCUCUGGGCUCUUCUCCCACAUUUUACAAGAGGACAUUGAUGUUGUCAGUGAAGGAUAUUCAAUGUGAAUUGACGCAACAAUAUAUCAGUGCUAAUUGAUUCAUAAGCUCUUGGCUCUGAAUAAAAGCAGUUUAUGAGGCAGUAAAAUCCACCUCUCAUGAUGGUGGUGCCCUCUUCUCCAUGCUGUUAGCAUGAAAAAAGGACAGGGAGAGCGGAUGCUCGGAUGCUCAUUGAACAACAUCGUCCUAGGCAUGCCCCUCUCUGCUUCUGUCCCCAAUCACCUAUAUUUCAUUAUUGGAUCACAUUUGAUACAUUAUCAUCUUUAUCUCCUGUUUUUCACAAAAGCCUCAAACAAGAUCAUCAUUAGCGCCUCUUAUUCUCUUCUUAUCUACACAUUGUUUCUACUCGGAUGUGCAUUACAUCAGAAAUGAACCAGCGUUACACAGACAAAGGAUUCCCUCCCUUCAUGGGCUGGGUCGUAAACACUGUGGUCAUGUGACAUGGGAGCAGCACCGUUGUCCUAUCAAAACAGCCCUGGCCUCCUGUCAAUGUGACAAUGGCUAACAAGCACCACCUGGUGGCUCUAUUGGGACUAGGUAUUACUUGUAAGAGGGAGAGGCAAGUUUUGCUCUGCAUGUUGGAUUUUGGGUAUUAACUACGAUUGCAUCAGCAAUGUGGGUGCACAGAGAAUGGUUCUUAUUGUGCAUCUUAUUCAAUUGCAUUACGUUUGGUUCACAUACAUCAUUAGUUGGACAUUCAUUUUAGAUCCAUUUGGAAAGGAUGCUGUUAUGAAAUUAUUGCUUUUUUUAUAUAUUCCAUGAGCCUUAUGCACAUUUAUGAAGAUAAAGUUAGUGGUUGUUGCAAUAAUUGUUGUCUCCAUACAGAAAGGAUUCACUCCCCUGCAUGUGGCGUCCAAGUACGGAAGCCUGGAUGUGACCAAACUUCUCCUGCAGAAAAGAGCCCCUCCUGAUUCUGCUGGGAAGGUAAGCAUCAUUACCAUAAAACUCAAUCCCUAAAUGAUAAUAUAGCUCUACAUGUGUUAUAUUUUCAUGAUUUCGAUUCAGAUAAUUCACUGACCUUGAAGUACUGUUAUGUGAUAAAGAAUAGUAUAUAUCAAAGCUUUAUCUGGCUAAAUAUUUAAAAAGUCUGUUCGUAUUUCUGUAUUGAGGCUAUGUUGUCAGCGAGACUACCGGUGAGCAUAUUUUGAUCAAAUCAACUUUCAGUUUGAUUAACUACUGUUUUUUCCUCUACCAUUAGGAAAGACAGAUAACAGAUAUUAUUUUUCUUCUUGUUCUUUUUGAAUAAGGACCCACCCGGCGAGCCUCCUGCUGCUUGCUCUUUAAUAUAAGUCUAAUUCUCAAUAACACACUGUAAUAGUACCCCUAUAACACAGCUUAUCAUAUGUGUGUGUGUGUGUGUUGACUAGCUAGCAUUAAUAGCUGCUUGCUCCGCUAACUAGCCUGAUUUAAUCCAAUACAGAACGGCCUCACGCCCCUCCAUGUCGCAGCGCAUUACGAUAACCAGAAGGUGGCGCUCCUGCUUUUGGACAAAGGGGCCUCCCCCCACGCAACGGCCAAGGUGAGACCUCCCAUCACUCAGAGACUCCCCGGUCACUGUCCUCAAAGAGAUGGGAGGAAAGACGUCGGUCGACCUUGGGGUGGACGGUCAACGUAGUUUUGAAGCUUUGUGUGUACGUAUGUGUACAUCUUUUUGGGGUAUCUGUAUAACUGAGUUGACGUACUCUCUACCUACCCUCCCUCCCUCCAGAACGGCUACACCCCCCUCCACAUUGCGGCGAAGAAGAACCAGAUGGACAUAGCGAUGGUGCUGCUGCAGUACGGGGCGGAGACCAACAUCCUGACCAAGCAGGGCGUCACCCCCCUACACCUGGCCUCACAGGAGGGACACGCUGACAUGGCCUCCCUGCUCAUGGAGAAGGGGACUCAAGUCAACGUCCCCACCAAGGUAGGCCUACAUCCCUCUCGGUUUUAAACUGCUUAUGUAACGCGGCCUCUGGCCGAGAUUUGGAGCCACUCCUCAACGACCCACACGUUAAAACUGAAACGUUCAAAUUGUACAUCGGCCUUCGUACUCUAGUCACAGACACUUCUCUGAGACGUGACGUCUCACUGCUUCUGAAGGGUUCAAAUGAACAGGGCCUCUGAUGUUAGUCUUUCAUUCCACUCUGUCAUGUUCUCUCAUUCCUUUAAAGUCUCCCUUUUAAAGUGAAUAUAGUUCCACUCUCAGUAAGAGCUUAAUCCUAUCAGGUGUAGUUCGUUUGGCCUGUAUUAGAUUCAUCGAUAUCUUUGUGACGUUUGCAAAGAAAUAUGAGUUACACACACAGCUCUCAAGUUAGUAUCCAGCCUUCAGUUCUGAUGUCAGAGCUGUGGCGUGGCAUGUAUGAACGUAACAGGAAUGAAGUUAAAAGAAGGGGAGAGUGUUGUUUCAAAGCUAUUUUAGGAAGAGUGUGAGAGUGCUUGUGCCCCCCCCCCCCCCCCCCCCACACACACACACACACACUUUGUCUUAGAAAUUUAGAGCAUGCAAGCAAGGCCACAGGGCUUUAUCUCCAACCAAGCAGAAACCCAGAUGUAUUCCUCCUUUAAACUUUUUACAAACCAUUCAUUCUUCAUUUAGCUCUAUCAGUCAACCCCAGACAGACCUCCAACUGGGCACAUACUGGUUGAAUCAACGUUGUUUCCACGUCAUUUCAAUGAAAUUAUGUUUGGUUGAAUCAACGUUGUUUCCACGUCAUUUCAAUGAAAUUAUGUUGAACCAACGUGGAAUAGACGUUGAAUUGUGCCCAGUGGGCUGAGUGGAUCGGGAUAUAUCACUGCUUUACCUGACCUAGUCUGCCUUGUCAUAUACCGAUGACAAAUGCACACUAUCUCAGGGGUGCAAGAACACUGGUAACAUCUAGUGUAGUGUAUUUGCACACGGCAUGAGAAAAAACCCAAAUACCCAAUCACAUCUUUCCCUCCUGUCAAUGCGAUAUUGCCUGUCUUGGUGGGAAAAGUCGCCUGUCACUCAAAAACUCCUCCCUUUAAUAUUUUGGGUAAACCACAUGACCUGACCAGGAGAAACUACUGUCCAUAGGUAUACAGUAUGCUGAUGAAUUCAUGUAGAGAGGUGGUGAGAAACAUAUUGUUGUUUGUGUCCCUUCAGAGUGGCCUCACCUCCCUCCAUCUGGCUGCCCAGGAGGACAAGGUGGCUGUGGGUGAGAUACUGGCUAAACAUGGAGCCAACCUGGACCAGCAAACUAAGGUAUAGAGUGUAUUCAUUUCAUUUUAGCAUUGACUGACCCUUGUACUGGAAUACCGAUAAUAUAUAGUAUGUCUCCAUAUAUUGUACCUCAAUAUGCCAAUGAUUAUCUGUUUCUCUUUUCAUUAUGUUAGUAGUAGAUGUGUUUCGAUACUAACUGUGAUUUACCAUUAUCGUUCCAGUUGGGCUACACUCCUCUGAUCGUAGCGUGUCACUAUGGCAAUGCCAAGAUGGUCAACUUCCUCUUACAGAACGGUGCUAGUGUCAACGCCAAAACCAAGGUAAUACACCAUGCACAAAACUACCGCAGUACACUCUUAGAAAAAGGGUUAUUCAACUGUCCCCAUAGGAGAACCCUUUAUGGUUCCAGGUAGAACCCUUUUCAGUUCCAUGUAGAACCCUCCGUUGGAAUAACUCUUUUAGGUUCUAGAUAGCACCUUUUUUUUAAAGGGAUACUUCUGGAUUUUGGCAAUGACACCGUUUAUACAGUAUACUUCCCCAGUCAGAUGAACUUGUGGAUACUAUUUCUAUGUUAACUGCUAGCAUGCUAGUAGAUACCAUAGACUUCCAGUCAUUGUUCUAACGCUAGUUAGCAUUGGCUCACAAAACUACCACUAACUUCCUUCAUACUGGACACAGAUACAUAAAAAUGGUAUCCACAAGUUCAUCUGACUCUGGGGAAGUAGAUAAAGGGAAGUUUCCCUUUAACUGCGUUAUGAAUGUUCAAUAAUGAAUUAUUUUCUUUGACAGAGAAGAUAAAAUGCUAGCCUAAGGGUUCAUACUUGAAUUUCUAAAAUGUUCAGGCCUUGCCAGACAGUCAUUACUCUUGAAAAUUACAAUGUUUGACUUUCUCUUCUCAGAAUGGAUAUACUCCCCUCCACCAAGCAGCACAGCAAGGAAACACACACAUCAUCAAUCUACUGCUGCAGAAUGGAGCUAAGCCAAACAACAUCACUGCGGUGAGUGGACUAGCUUCUGAACAUACACACACCCACACACACACACACACACACACACACACAGACUUAUGUCUUUCUCCCAUCCUCCAGAAUGGUAACACAGCUCUGGCCAUCGCCCGGCGACUUGGCUACAUCUCGGUGGUGGACACACUCAAGGUUGUCACCGAGGAGAUCAUUACCUCGACAACCGUGAGUCACACAACUAUCACACAACUAUCUCACUCCACUAUCCCUAAAAUAAAGCAUUCACACACGGUUUAGCCUCUAAAGUUAUAAUGAUCUUAUUCUGUUUAUGUUGUCUAGACGGUGACAGAGAAACACAAGUUGAACGUCCCUGAGACCAUGACUGAAGUCCUAGAUGUCUCUGAUGAGGAGGGUGAGUUUGACCCUUGAUCCAGUCGGUGGCUACUGUAUAUGACCACAACCAUGUAUAAAGACUAUCAUUCGAAACCUCAGUCCAUUUAUGUUUGACCUACUAGAACAUCAGUUAACCCGACUUCAUGUCCAACUUCAAAUCCUGGCCCCAGUUUGCUGUAGACAGUGAUCGACUAAUAGGCUAUCUCAGCAAGCCUUCCCCAAAUCCUUCCCGAUUUCCCCAUUGCCCAAUACUACACAAAAAAAAGGUGAUAUCUAGAGCUGUUCCCAUAUGAGAAACCUUUGAAGAAUCCUUUUUGGUUCCAGGUGGAACCCUUUUGGGUUCCAUGUAAAACCCUUUCCACAGAGGAUUCUACAUGGAACCCAAAAGGGUUCUACCUGGAACCAAAAAGGUUUUUUACCUGGAACCAAAAAGGGUUCUCCUUUUUUUCUGAGAGUCUAGUGUGUGUUGUGGUAGGCUAGUUUUCUCACUGUACUGUAUACUGUAUAGGCCUACAUACUGUACCCACAGUGCUGAAAGAGAGUGAGGAUGAUGUUCUGUCCGAUGACUCCAUGGAUUUAGAAGGUACACCGUGUGAAGGUUGCCGUGGUGAUUACUAUGGAAGAGUGUGUGACGGUUUGUUGUGGACAUGGUAAUUCGCAUGGUGUGAGAUUCCUCUGCGAUGGUUGUGUAAAACAACCUGUCAUGGAUGAGUGGUUGAGAGGACAUACUUGAACCUGCACUAACCUCACCUACCGAUAGGGUUUGGAUUCAAACAUAGUGUGGUGAAACCAAGGUUGUGAUAUGCACAUUUAGGCCCACUUCUCUAAAUGUGGAAUACUGGUUAUCAUUGCUGAAAGCAUCAGUGCGGUCAACAAACCUUUAUAUUGACACUAGUGGUGGCUGUGUCCUUUUUAAUGUCAAUGCGACAGUGUUUUUGUUUUGUCACGCUUCUUAAAAAUCAGCUAAGGGGAAGGGUGGUUUUUAAAGCGUUUUAAUAGCAUUUUCAGAUCCACCACUUCAAGACAUGUUCUGAGGACUUAAGAAAUGUUGCCCCUGGACUAGAGUGCCAUUAAACUUCUAGCAAAAAGACACCAAUUAAAGUGGCAUAAGCUUGUCUGUACAGAACCCUAGAAGAUAGUUUCACCCUGAGUGUUGUCAGUUCAAAGCGGAUUUCAAAUCCCCACUCAGAAUCACAUGCCAUGGCUGGGAGAGCCUGAAUAUGUAAGCUACGUUUGAAAUGCUGCUAAGGGCUAACUUAACUUAAACCUCCUUGAAAACACAUGUCAAUGCUUUACUGAUUAAUUCUGUGUGGUUGAUAUUUAUUAGCAUUAGUGUGAAUACUUUUUAAAGGCAGUUAGUUCCACUCUUCCAGGCUCUCUGUCAUGGCUCAUAGAGUUUGUGCGUUUAUGGCCAAUCUGGGUUUAUGUGAACAGUCACCUCAUUGACGUGGCAACGCAUUACGGAUAUGGAAGAUUUUUCUUUUUCCUGGCUCUUCCGGUUGCGCAGUGAAUUCACUUUACUUCUCGAAGGAAACUUGGAUUAUAUGAGUGGAGUGGUUGGCAGUUAUUUUGGUGGAAAAAAGGACACACCUCGUUAAUAGUUGUGUUUUGGAAGCUGUCAGAAGAGGAUCGGGUUUGGUUUGCAGACUAUGUGGCUGUUCUAACCGACAUUUCUUGGUAUUGGAUGUGUUGUAAAUAACAUUGCUUUGUGAGUACUUCUUCACAACACUCAUCUUCUAGCUUACUUACUCUUACAGUUGUGGUGCUACUGUGCAAAUUACUAAUCAUAGUGAUCAUGCGAUUAUAUUGUACCUCCUUUCCUGUGUAAUUCUUCAUUCUCCAGGCAGUGGUUAUGCUAUUGACACAGGAGCAUCUCUAUCAGGCUACAGUAUGUUUUUCACUUGUUCUGCCAGCCCAUCCUACAGUAUGCUACCAGCUCCCCUUAUGCACUUUUCACACAAUGGUGCUAACCUGAACUGUACUGUACUGGUUGAGAUAUUUUUCUUUCACACUGCCCUUUCCAGUUCGGUUCCGCUAAUUUUGGUGGGGGUGGUGGAUGCGUAACCAGGCCAGCACAGUACAGCUCGACUCAAUUUGGUUCAGCGCUGUAGUGGGAAAAGGGUAUUAGUGACUCUGCCCCCUGCUGUCCAGUAGUGGUAACAGCAGCAGUAGAGCUUUUUGACGUUGGUCACAAGGCAGUGAUGAGCUGUGUCUCCCAGCUCAUUUGUAAUGCUUCAGUAACUGUAAGCGCUUAUAUCUGAUGACAAAAAGGAAAGAUGGCGUCUGCAUGUGUGUGUGACUGUGCGUAUGUGUGUCACUAAGCCUCACGUUGACACACACACCCUAGGUAAGGGCUGGCCCCUGCGUGUAUGUAUGUGUGCUAACCGUAGUCACUCCUUCUGAGUGUGCAUCACAUCACAAUGUCCUCCUCCCCCGUAAAGUCCCAUAUUCUCUUCCACGUAUCUCACCUGCCUCCCUCUCUCCUCCAGGUGAUGACACGAUGACAGGGGACGGAGGGGAGUACUUGAGGGCAGAGGACCUGAGGGAACUGGGAGAUGACUCCCUGCCUGGACAGUACCUGGAUGGGAUGAACUACCUGCGCUUUAGUCUGGAGGGGGGACACUCUGACAGGUAGAGUAUACACACCUGAUGAAGGGAGAAGGGUGUGUGCCUGUGUGUGUGUGUGUGUGUGUGAGUGUGUGUGUGUGUGCCUGUGCGUGUGUGAGAGAGAGAGUGUAUGAUCUAAUUUGUGGUGAAUGCACUAAUGUUUGUGAAGUUUCUGAUGAAUUUCAACACAUUUUUCUUCCUCCUUACCAUGCUUACCUAGUCGAAUACAAAGGUAUGUGAUAUACAUGCUAUUGUCUCUCUAUGAUUGAGUUAGUCCACAUCCAUUGCAGAACUACUGUAGUAGUUUUGAAGCAGUUUCUUGUAGUACUACUCUGUCUAUCGCCUUCCAUUUGUCCUUGAUUUUACAGUAGUUUACUUGUGCCAUGUCUCAUGGAUAGAUUUGUGCCAUAUUGGGUGGUGAACACUGUUUUAGCUGUGUGUGAUGUUUCCAUGGCUACCUACGUCACCUUUUCCUCCUCUCCUCAGUUCGGACAGGUCCUACACUCCCAGUCACCAUGGUUACUACUCUCCCAAACAUGAAAGCAUGAUGGAGGAGAUGCUCACCAGCCAGAACGUAAGUAAAGAGUUAAACCUCUCACAUCCACUACUGUAAAGGGAUGAACCAGGCCUUGAGUCUUAAUCAUCUACUGCACCAAAACAUAUUGUGCAUGCUAUGCAUUGCUCAAAGCAGUUGCUCUGCUCAAUACAGAAAAUAUAUUACUUUGAUUCAUAGGGUCAUAAUGUUUUGAUAUUUAAUAAUUCCUGUUUUGGAAUGUAGAGAGCACUCUUAGAAAUGUACUGUAUUUGACUGUAGAUCAUACAAAGUGUAAGUUAGAGUUUAGAUGCUCAAGUCUUUACUAUGACCGUUACUGUCUAUCUAGGGACGGGUACUGUAAAGUACUGCAAACUAACGUGUUAUGGUGCAAUGCAUCUUACUGUUGUAAAUUGCAAUGUGUCAAUGUUAUUGCAUCUGUCCCUACUCAAAUAAAAAAUAAAUAAAUAAAAAGUUAAGGUGCAGUGUUUGUGUGUGUAACUGACGGUUGGCUGUGGCAUGUCCUUAACAAGUAGCUCUUUGUUGGUUGCCAGGUGUCGUCUCUUGCCAGGGAAAAUGAAAAGGAUUUGUAUCGUCUGAGUUGGGGCACAGAAAAUCUGGACAAUGUGGCACUGUCCUCCAGCCCCAUCCACUCUGGGUAGGUACAGCGGGCACUGCGAGCACACAGAAGGGUUGAGCUUUAACUAUCAAAACAUUCAAAAACCUCAUUUGGUACAAAAUCUGCUCUAACCCAUCCUGAAUACAUGUAUCCCUUGAGCCUAAUGCAUUCAGCCCUGUUCAACAGCCACUAGUGCAAUGGCGGGUCCAGGCACCUCAUGUGGAGAUAUUUUUUUUGUUAUUUUUUUUUGUUAUGAGAACAGAAUCACAAUCUUUUGUAAUCCUACUUUAAAGCCCAUCUGUUAAGCGGCUUUGGGUGAUAACCAUAUGAAGAGCAGUAAUGGACAAUGUUAGGACUCAUUAUAGACAUAUUAGUCUAAUGCAUUGUUAUACGAAGAUACCCUGUCAUCCUCUAGCUAACUAUCUCUGCCAUGCUAAUUGGCAACAAUGACGGAAGAUAAUCCCUCUUAGUUAUAAUGACACAAGUCCCGAAUCAGUCAUUUAAGGCCGCUGAGAGUGUCUCUAAGUACUGCUUUAGGACAAGCAAUACGACAAACAAUUUGGAACAUUGAUCAUUGUCCAAGGCGCUGAGGAUUCUGGUCCACAGGGAUGGGGAGUAUAGUUUAUUUUCUUCUCUUUCAGCCCUAGAGACCCUUUCUUUAUUUCCCUAUCUAUCUUUAUAUCUCCAGUGCCUUCGGAAAGUAUUCAGACCCCUUGACUUUUUCCACAUUUUGUUACGUUACAGCCUGAUUCUAAAAUGGAUGAAAUAAAACAUGUUCCUCAUCAAUCUACACACGAUACCCCAUAAUGGCAAAGCGAAAACUGGUUUUUAGAAAUUUUUGCAAAUGUAUAAAAGAUAAAAAACUGAAAUACUUUAUUUAUAUAAGUAUUCAGACCAUUUUGCUAUGAGACUCAAAAUUUAGUUCAGGUGCAUCCUGUUUCCAUUGAUCAUCCUUGAGAUGUUUCUACAACUUGAUUGGAGUCCACCUAUGAUAAAUUCUAUUGAUUGGACAUUAUUUGGAAAGGCACACACCUGUCUAUAUAGGGUCCCACAGUUGACAGUGCAUGUCAGAGCAGAAACCAAGCCAUGAGGUCGAAGGCAAUGUCCGUAGAGCUCCAAAACAGGAUUGUGUAGAGGCAGAGAUCUGGGGAAGGGUACCAAAAAAUGUCUGCAGCAUUGAAGGUCCCCAAGAACACAGUGGCCUCCAUCAUUUUAAAUAGAAGAAGUUUGGAACCACCAAGACUCUUGCUAGAGCUGGCCACCUGGGAGAAGGGCCUUGGUCAGGGAAGUGACCAAAUACCCGAUGGUCACUCUGACGGAGCUCCAGAGUUCCUCUGUGGAGAUGGGAGAACCUUCCAGAAGGACAACCAUCUCUGCAGCACUCCACCAAUCAGGCCUUUAUGUAGAGUGGCCAGACGGAAGCCACUCCUCAGUAAAAGGCACAUGACAGCCCGCGUGGAGUUUGCCAAAAGGCUCCUAAAGGACUCUCAGACCAUGAGAAACAAGAUUAUCUGGUCUGAUGUAACCAAUACUCGUUGGCCUGAAUGCCAAGCAUCACGUCUGGAGGAAUCCUGACACCAUCCCUACGGUGAAGCAUGGUGUUGGCAGCAUCAUGCUGUGGGGAUGUUUUUCAGCGGCAGGGGCUGGGAUACUAGUCAGGAUCGAGGAAAAGAUUAACGGAGCAAAGUACAGAGAGAUCCUUGAUAAAAACCUGUUCCAGCGCACUCAGGACCUCAGACUGAGAAGAUUCACCUUCCAACAGGACAAUUACCCUAAGCACACAGCCAAGACAACGCAGGAGUGGCUUCGGGACAAGCCUCUGAAUGUCCUUGAGUGGCUCAGCAAGAGCCUGGACUUGAACCCGAUCUAACAUCUCUGGAGAGACCUGAAAAUAGCUGUGCAGCGACGCUCCCCAUCCAACCUGACAGAGCUUGAGAGGAUCUGCAGAGAAGAAUGAGAGAAACUCCCCAAAUACAGGUGUGCCAAGCUUGUAGCGUCAUACCCAAGAAGACUCAAGGCUGUAAUCGCUGCCAAAGGUGCUUCAACAAAGUACUGAGUAAAGGAUCUGAAUACUUAUGUAAAUGUGAUAUUUCCAUGUUUUUUUUAAAAAUAAAUUUGUCAUUAUGGGAAAUUGUGUGUAGAUUGAUGAGGGGAAAAAACAAUUUAAAUAUUUUUAGAAUAAGGCUGUAACGUAACAAAAUGUGAAAAAGUCAAGGGGUCUGAAUACUUUCAGAAUGCACUGUUUGAUGAAUGCACUGUAUCUUUCUUUCUUUCUAUCUCACUCUCUCUCUCUCUCUCUCUCAUGGGGUCUCUGUUCUGUUUUCAGCCGUUCCUCUCCGUGCCAUGAUCAUGGCGACAGCAGGUGAUCUACUGCACCUUGGUUUCCUCCUCUUCAUCCUCGUCUUCACACUCCUCCUUUCUUUCACAGUGUGCUCUCCUUCUAGAGAGAUGUGUGUGUUUGUUUGUGUUGUUGUUUCACAAAUGCCUGUCUUGCGAGUGCAGCACUACUAACAGAUGUUGCCCAUGUUCCACUAUUCCCCUGUUUUAGCUUUUGAUCACAUGGACAUUUGUCAACUUUGAUAUUCAUUUUUACACAGGCCUCUUUAUAGGGGACUAAUUCCACUUUUUUUAGAUGGAAGAUAUCAUUUGCUCCUAGUGCUGCAUCAAAGAGUCACACACAUUGCCUCAUCAUCAUUGGUAGCCAUUGUGUCCAUCUUGGUUGAAUCCUGUUGACUCAUGGUGGCCAUUUUGUUUGUUGUUUAACUGUGUUUGGUCGAUUCACAGCUGCAAGGUCUAGGGCUCUAUUCAAUCAGAUAUGCUUUAGCCGACAUCCGUAUAGCGGUUGUUUUGACGGUGUCAGAGCUUGAGGUGGAACUGUGUUAGAACUGUUAAAUCCACAAGCGGCUCCUGGCAUUAUAGCCUACCUAAAGUGGACAUCGCCAUUGGCUGCACAGAGUCGCAUUGAGAAAGGUCCCAUUCAGCCUUGUUAACAAAUUCGAACACUGGAAUGUGAGAUGUAAUCUUCACCUCGAUUAGGCUGAUAGAAAUCCUCAUUAUUUAGUUGAAUGAUUUUCAAUUUGAGCGUCAUUAUUUAUUUAUAGCCUAUACUUUCUCGUUCUGGACUUCUAACACAAGUGGGAUGGGCGUGGCUUCGUGACACUGCCAAAACAUCAGCUAUGCGGGUAUCGACUAUCGCCGGUUAACGCUUGAUCUGAUUGAAUCUAGGCCCUUGUGUUUGUGUGUUUGAUAUAACCAGUCUCCAUGUUUGACUCUGUGCCGUAUUGUUCAGUCUGCGUGUUGGAGUGUUAUUUUAAUGGUUUGUUUGCUUUACCAUAACAUACUGGUGUCACAGGUGAAGCACGUUAGCAGCUCUCUGACAUUAGCCGUAACAGUAUGUGGCGUCACACCCAUUCCCCUCUCACUCACAGUCUGGUGUUUGUGCAUGUAGGUGUGCAGUGAAACUGUAAUUCUUAUGUUUGUGUGUUUUAACAUGGAUUCAUAUUUGUCUGUAUAUUUUCAAAUAAAAAAAAAUCUUAUUUUGCUGAAAGUUAUGUAAGCUGUCUGUGUAAAGGGAAAGUACAAAGAUAUACUGUAUUUGUCGCAAUGCUUAAAAAUAUAUUUAUCUUCAGUUUGUAAACAUCACAUCUGCCCCCGUCCGUUCCCUUCCCAGCUUCCUGGUUAGCUUCAUGGUGGACGCCAGGGGCGGAGCCAUGCGGGGUUGCCGCCACAACGGCCUGCGCAUCAUCAUCCCGCCGCGGAAGUGCAGCGCGCCCACGCGGGUGACCUGCCGGCUGGUGAAGAGGCACCGCCUGGCCACCAUGCCCCCCAUGGUGGAGGGAGAGGGCCUGGCCAGCAGGCUUAUCGAGGUGGGGCCCGUCGGAGCCCAGUUCCUCGGGUAAGAAAAUAUGGGAUGGAGGGAGGGGGUAAGAGUGUGAAAGAGAGAGGAAGGAGUAUAGAGGGGCAUGAUGUCAGAGAGGGAGAAUGAAAGGGAGCGAUGUGAUGUCAGAGAUUAUGAUCUAUGUUGUGAGAGUCCAAGACAAGAGUGUGUGAGGUGAGAAUGCUACGAGAGAAAAGGAAGAGAGACGGUGUGUGUUCGUCAAAGGACACUGUAGGCCUAAUGUAUGAAUGAAAACCUGAGAAUGUUGCUGCCCCUCUUCCUUUUGUCAGAUUAAUUUCACCCUGCCUCUGCCUUACUAAAACGGUCUAUGCUCUUUGCUUCUUCCCAGUGCCAGGGGCCUUGCUUGUUUUCUUUUUAAACAGCCAGGCCGCAUUCUAGCUCUAACUCAACCCUUUUUUGGAAACUAACUGUUUCUAUAAGACACAUGGAAACAAAAAACUCCACAAGGAAACAGAAAACUGCAAAAUAAUAUUGCUCCAUGAUUGAUUUGAUAUGUAGGUUACCACUAAGAGAGGCUGUCUACCAAUAAUAUAUCACUGCCCCCUGGUGGUGAAGUUCAUAAUAACUUCCACUUUGAAAGCUCUGUGUAUUUAAAGCCCUAUGUAUUUACCAUGAUGUCUUGAUGACGGCCUCCACUCCACUCAGCCAAAAGGCUUUCACAAAGUCCAACUAGUCACCCGUUAUUCUGACUACUUCCGCUCUCUCUCCCCCACUGCUGCUAACGGACGGUUGGUCUCACAGUAAACUGCACCUUCCCACUGCCCCGCCCCCUCUUAACGAGGGUGAGAGCCUCGUUAGCCGCAUCCUGCAGCUCGGGCCACCCGGGACAAAAUUCCUCGGGUAGGGGAAACAAAACAUAUGAAACAAUCCAUGGAUGCUACUGGUUCCGUUUUAUAAACUCCUCCUUUUAUAUUUCGACUCUCUGUGAUAUGUUGUGUCUGUGACCUCACCUGUAUGCUAUGUGUGCUAGUGUCGUGCUGGGCCCGGUUUCCCAAAAGUUCAUUGUUAGAACCUUCGUAGGAGCAUCGUUAAAUCUCCAAGCUGUUUCCCAAAACCAUCGUUAUUAACGUUUGCACUUGAAAACGCUUGUAAUCUAACGCCUGCCUCAGACCACUCUUAGAACAGCUAAGUGCGUCUUUAGAAUCACAUGGUUUAUCCGUCUCUCUGACCGCUUCAAAAAAGAAGUUGACUACAAAUACAAAGUUGCCAAUGUUUUUGCAAUUGAUACAAACAAGUGACGGAUAAAAAGAUGCCUCAAAUGAAAACCGAGACGACUCCAUUAAAAUAUAAACCGUAGGGUAUGGGCCUAUUUCAAUCAUAUUUAAAAUACCUUUUAAUGUUCAAUCAAUUGAGUUCUAUUUUGAUGCUUGUAAGCUGCUGUCUGUAAUUUGUCUCAAUGUAUUUCAUGAUGUGUAGUCUAACAUGUGCACAAUAGUGUACCAAAUCGGUGAUUUAGUGCAUAUUUAUUGGGUAAAGCAUUUGAAUAAGCCGCCUCAAUAUUUGCAGCCGUAGGUGGGAAUAUCUCUCUAGUAGCUGAUCCGUCAUCAGUUUUGUGAAAUAAUUAUAAUAUUAAGGUAAGAUUUAAAUGGAGAAAGCUGAUCCGAGAGCAGCGCUCCCUUUCUUUCGAUCGUAUCAGUAUCGACACAUGCUCCAAUGACGCACUUAGCGACCAUGGUGUUUUGGGAAACGCAUGUUACAUCUUCGGCCGUUGUAGGAAAGAUGCAUUGUUAAAGCACUUGUAAGCUUAAGUUCCAUCGCUAUCGGGAAACCGGGCCCUGGUGACUUGCCCAACUUGCGAUCUCUGUCGUAGCAUCCCAGACACUACACACAUUGUAUGUUUGUUUUGUUCCCAGUUACCUUUCGGCUCCUUACCUUGUGGUUGGCUUUCUAUGUUUAGUGCUGUCUGUCUGCCUGUUCAACCUCAUGGUUUUAUUGGUUCAUUUGGUAUCUUGCUGGAUGUUUAGCAUGACUGUCCCAUAGGCAUUUGUAGUUGACACACUGUACUGUGCUCAUCAGGUGAGUUGUUAGAAAUGUGGUUGCUUACACACACUCUUUACACACACACACACGCAUAUACACACACCGUGACCCUCCCAUACACACAUAACCCCCCAUCUCCACCCACACACACACACUCACCGUGCUCCCUGUCCCUGGUUGCAGGCCUGUAGUCGUGGAGAUCCCUCACUUCGCUGCCCUGAGGGGGAAGGAGAGGGAGCUGGUGAUCAUGAGGAGUGAGACAGGAGAGAGCUGGAAGGAGCACCACUGUGAACACACCGAGGAGGAGCUCAACCAGAUCCUCAACGGCAUGGACGAAGGUGAGUGUGAUGUCAUCAACGCGAGACAACACUUAGUGAUCGUCAUCAUUAGAGGCCAUUGCCAAGAGGCCCUGUUCAAAUACUUUGGAGAAGCAUUCCCUCCUGCCUCCCUUUCUUGGAGUAUUCACUGAUCUAAAAUGGCUGGAUAGGUCAAAGCAAGGAUUUCACUAUAUAGCUUACUCCAACCCAGUCAUGUGAGCAGUGAUUACUCCAAGGAGGGAGAAAGGAAGAACUCAUUGUCAAAGUAUUUCAACAGAGCCAUAAUCUGAAUCAAUGUCAAAUGAACCACCAUUCCUUCUGUCCUCCUCUCCAGAACUGGACCCUCCAGAGGAACUGGAGAAGAAGCGUAUUUGCCGCAUCAUCACCAGGGACUUCCCACAGUACUUUGCGGUGGUGUCCCGGGUCAAACAGGACAGUAACCUGAUCGGUCCAGAGGGGGGCAUCCUCAGCAGCACGGUGGUGCCUACGGUCCAGGCGGUCUUCCCAGAGGGAGCACUCACCAAGAGGAUCAAAGUGGGACUACAGGUCAUUUAGUUCAAAUACUCUCUUCAUAAAGCGAUAACAACAUUUCAUUUGAGUGUCUGUAAAAUGUUCUAGACUUAUUUUCCCAAGUAAUGGGGAGCUAUGGCAUGAGCGGCUGUCAGGAGAAGUUAUUAUCAAAAAGAAUGACACGUUGCUUUAUUCUGAGGCAGAGCUUAAAUGGAGCAAAGGUUAAAUACGUUGAGUAUUUUAUGAUUACUACACUGUCAUCAUGUUUUAUCAACAUUAUAAUCCAUGUUUUAACGCCAAAGCCGAUCCAAGGGAUCUCUAAUGUCAAUCUUACCUGUCAUCUCCAGGCUCAGCCAAUGAACGUGGACGUGGUGAAGAAGCUCCUGGGGAACAAGGCAACGUUCAGCCCCAUCGUGACCCUGGAGCCCCGGAGGAGGAAGUUCCAUAAACCAAUAACCAUGACCAUCCCCAUUCCCAAGAGUAACACUGACCCUGUGGUCAACGGCUUCGGAGGGGACCAGCCCACCCUGCGCCUGCUCUGUAGUAUCACAGGUUAAAGAGAGGGUGGAUUGAACGCACACACAGAUAUAUACAUACAUACUGUACACUCACACUGACUCACUCACACACACACUGCAGGGGGACACACAAACUAUGAUGUCUGUAGCUAACCUUCUAAUAUUUUUCAAUUGUAUUCUUCUUCAAAGGUGGAACGACGCCAGCCCAAUGGGAGGACAUUACAGGAACCACGCCCCUAACGUUCAUCAACGACUGUGUCUCCUUCACGACCAACGUGUCGGCCAGGUUCUGGCUGAUAGACUGUCGGCAGGUGCAGGAGUCAGUCAACUUCUCCACUUCGGUCUACAGGGAGAUCAUCUGUGUUCCCUACAUGGCCAAGUUCGUCAUCUUCGCCAAGACCCACGACCCCAUUGAAGCGCGGCUCCGCUGCUUCUGUAUGACUGACGACAAGAUGGACAAGACCCUCGAGCAGCAGGAGAACUUCACAGAGGUGGCCAGGAGCAGAGACGUAGAGGUGGGUGUCAUAGUAGAGGUGUGGUCGAGGGCUGGGAGGGAUGUACCUUUAAACUCAAUCUUUCUGUGGUGUUCCCUUUUGAAAAUAAUGUAUUCUCCUGUGAAAGGUGUAGUAAACUGCCAGUAAAGUGGGAAGGUUUAGUAAAUCAGACCGUAGAUGACUAACAGGGAAGGGUUUGGCAUGUUUCUAUGUGUCUGAUGUGUGCUUCUCCUCAGGUCCUGGAGGGCAAACCCAUCUAUGCAGACUGCUUUGGCAACCUGGUCCCUCUCACUAAGAGUGGCCAGCACCACCUCUUCAGCUUCUUUGCCUUCAAAGAGAACAGGCUGGCACUCUUCAUCAAGGUGAGUAUUACUGGGCCAUCCUUCAUACACUCUUCCAUAUCAUUUACUUUAUUACAAACUAGUCAUGUAUCGUAAACUGUAUGUUAAUAGGUCGGUUGCUGACGAUAAUGAUGUUGAUGAUUCCACAGAUCCGAGACAACACUCAGGAUCCGUGUGGCCGUCUGUCCUUUAUGAAAGAGCCCAGGUCUUAUAGAAGUCUGGCCCACAACGCCAUAUGCAACCUGAACAUCACACUACCAUCCUACUCAAAGGUAAGAACACCGUAACAUGACCUCCACCUGAACACAGCCUAGGAUACAGCUAGGACAAACAGAUCACCGACCCUUUCGAUUCCCACCGUACCUUCUCCGCUAUGCAAUCCGGUUUCCGAGCUGGUCAUGGGUGCACCUCAGCCACGCUCAAGGUCCUAAACGAUAUUAUAACCGCGAUCGAUAAUAGACAGUACUGUGCAGCCGUCUUCAUCGACCUGGCCAAGGCUUCCGACUCUGUCAACCACCGCAUUCUUAUUGGCAGACUAAAUAGCCUUGGUUUCUCAAAUGACUGCCUCGCCUGGUUCACCAACUACUUCUCAGAUAGAGUUCAAUGUGUCAAAUCGGAGGGCCUGUUGUCUGAACCUAUGGCAGUCUCUAUGGGGGUGCCACAGGGUUCAAUUCUUGGGCCGACUCUUUUCUCCGUGUAUAUCAAUGAUGUCGCUCUUGCUGCUGGUGACUCUCAGAUCCAGCUCUACGCAGACGACACCAUUUUGUAUACAUCUGGCCCUUCAUUGGACACUGUGUUAACAAACCUCCAAACGAGCUUCAAUGCCAUACAACACUCCUUCAGUAGCCUCCAACUGCUCUUAAACACUAGUAAAACUAAAUGCUAAAUGCAUGCUCUUCAAUCGAAUGCUGCUGGCACCCGCCCACCCGACUAGAAUCACUACUCUCGACGGGUCUGACCUAGAGUAUGUGGACAACUACAAAUACCUAGGUGUCUGGUUAGACUGUAAACUCUCCUUCCAGACUCACAUUAAGAAUCUCCAAUCCAAAGUUAAAUCUAGAAUCGGCUUCCUAUUUCGCAACAAAGCCUCCUUCACUCAUGCUGCCAAACAUGCCCUCGUAAAACUGACUAUCCUACCGAUCCUUGACUUCGGCGAUGUCAUUUACAAAAUAGCCUCCAACACUCUACUCAGCAAAUUGGAUGUAGUCUAUCACAGUGCCAUCCGUUUUGUCACCAAAGCCCCAUAUACUACCCACCACUGUGACCUGUACGCUCUUGUUGGCUGGUCCUCACUACAUAUUCGUCGCCAAACCCACUGGCUCCAGGCCAUCUAUAAAUCACUGCUAGGCAAAUCCCCACCUUAUUUUAGCUCAUUGGUCACCAUAGCAACACCCACCCGUAGUAUGCGCUCCAGCAGGUAUAUCUAUACCCCAAAGCCAACACCUCCUUUGGCCGCCAUUCCUUCCAGUUCUCUGCUGCCAAUGACUGGAACGAAUUGCAAAAAUCUCUGAAGCUGGAGACUCUUAUCUCCCUCACUAACUUUAAGCAUCAGUUGUCAGAGCACCUUACCGAUCACUGCACCUGUACACAGCCCAUCUGAAAUUAGCCCACCCAACUACCUCAUCCCCAUAUUGUUAUUUAUUUUGCUAAUUUGCACCCCAGUAUCUCUAUUUGCACAUCAUCUCUUGCACAUCUAUCAUUCCAGUGUUAAUACUAAUUGUAAUUAUGUUGCACUAUAGCCUAUUUAUUGCCUUACCUCCAUAACUUGCUACAUUUGCACACACUGUAUAUAUAUAUAUAUUCUGUUGUAUUUUUGACUUUAUGUUUUGUUUACCCCAUAUGUAACUCUGUGUUGUUGUUUUUAUCGCACUGCUUUGCUUUAUCUUGGCCAGGUCGCAGUUGUAAAUGAGAACUUGUUCUCAACUGGCUUACCUGGUUAAAUAAAGGUGAAAUAAAAAAUAAAAUAAAAGGACCUGGAAUUGUUCCUGACCAUGUGACCUUACCAGUAAAAAUCUGGGUCCUGUAUAGCACACCAACAGUUACCAUUGCAUGCCUGAGUGUUCACCGUUGCUGACUUAAGUCAAAUAGAUUGAUUGACUUGUGUAUUCAAGAAUAACUGAGCAUUUCCCACAGGUGCAUGAAUACUUUCUUAACAGUGUGUUGCUUGCAUACUAACAUGUCAAAUCUGCACAUGUGACAUGCUCAUAGCAUGCUAUCUUCCUUCACAUUUUUAUUGGUGUUUUAUUGGGGUCAUAACCUGUUUGUAUUCUCAAAAUCAUUUGUACACCUUUUAACUGUGAUUGAUUUACUAUAAGCAACCAGCAUUACAAUAUGUGAGUGCUGGUAGCUGUCUUAUAGUAUAGCAUGAAUCCCUUCUCCUUUGAGAGGUCUUUCAGGUUUACUCUGACCCCGACACCCUCCCCAUAACAACAUUGAUCGGCCACAAACCUUCAAGUCUGUCGCUAUGGUAACAUUGCUUUGCCUACUCUCUUUUUUUCCAUCUUUCUCUAUUUGUCUGUCUGUCUCGCUCUUUCUGCUUCUUGCUGCUUUUUGCACCCCAAAGGAAUCUGAUUCAGACCAAGAGGCUGAGGAAGAGGUAAUAUUGUGCCCCUCUUCUCCCCCACUAACUGGUUAUUUUUUCAUGUCUUUUUUUUUCCCAGGCCAGAAACGUGUCACUAGAUGUUCACUAUUGUGUCUGUCAUUUAGCUCUAUGUUAGGUAUUAGAAAGGAAGGCAAUGCAUACUCCAUGCUACUGCUCAUCAAUCUGCUUGUCACUUGUAGCAGAGUAUCCAUCUUUAGAUAUUAGUCUUAUUCAUCAAGAUAGUAGUUCUAUGUCCAAUUACUUAUUUUCUUAUUGUAGCAAAGGUAGCAAAUGUGUACAAAAUAUUGCCUACAUUUUUCUUACACAGUGAUUGAAAUGGUAUUAAUAGUGAGUGCAAUUUUUGUAUUCCUCUUUACAGAUCAGCAGGACGCUCGAGAAAUGUAAGUAAUUUACUAUUUGAUAACACUUUUAACUGCUUUUUUCUAAACUAUACCAAAACUUUAUAGUCUUGCUAUUUAACUUGUAACUGUUAUAAUAUGGCUGCAUUACUCAACCAAUUGAAUAUGACAUUGCUUUGCCACAGAUUUAGACAUUACCAAUGAUGUUAAGCUAGUUGACUAUUGUAGAAAGCAAUACAGAAUGAUAACCAGAGCUAAUGAAUAAACAUUGUGCUUCAUAUCACCCUUAUUAGCUAAGCUGUUACACACGCGCUUCUUUUUCAAAGCCCUUUAAACUUCUACAUGUUUGUCUUUGUCACAAAAACAAAACAACACAAAUGUCACCCCACCCCACCAAGCCAAGGUUAUGCCAACAACUUCAUCAGUCAUAAACUUCUUCACUUUCUCAUUUCACACAUCACUGCACCAGUGUCUUCAUGUUAACUUUCUCCUCUGCCAUUUUCAAUUUGGGACACAUUGAGAGAGAGUUGAAACUGAGAUACUACGCACAUAAAUCAAACUCUCAUUCAUAUUGUGGUAAUGUUUAUGUGACAACGGAAUAUUGUCCCCCAAGUUCCUGUAGUACCUGAAUGGCAAAGCAAACUAGUCUAGCUUUCUACCCUCCAGAUCCCCUCGUUCAUACCCUGUCCAUGUAGUGUGUAAUAUUUUCCCUUUGCCUCUAAUGAAUUAAUGAAUUAAUCAUUAAUCAUGGUCAAGUGACUCAGCAUAGCUGGCUGGAUAUCUACAUAUGUGUGGCACUUUAUACAAUAUAUAGAAUAUGGAAAAUAUUGCUGGGUGCACAUACCUUCAAAACAAACUGUACAUGUACAGUAGUACAUACAUUAUACAUAAACUGAUGUUAUGUAUGUUAUUUGUUCAAUUUGGCUUCAUUACAUCGGACAAUGUAUGCAUGAUGAAUGUGGCAAUUUGCAUACACAUGUAAUAUGGAAUUGAUGCUUUAGAUUCACCAUUCGCAGUUGUAGACUAUGAGAAAACAGUAGACGACAUUUCACCACACUAUUGAAUGGGAAUACCUAAAUGAACCACUCUUGAUAAAGACAAAAUGCAGACGUGCUAGUGGUACGUUUUAGUUCUUUAUUACCUAAAUCACUUUACAUUUGCCCCACUCACUUUUCACUAGAGGUUGCAUGUCAACUUUCCCCUUUGCUUUGCAUGGAAAUAACUUGGCUUACAUGAGUGUGUAUGUGUGUUCCUGUGUCUGGGUGUGUGUCAAGUGUGAGAGUUCUUUUGACUCUUUGCUUUAACAUUGAUCUUUGAAUUCCUUUUCACUCACUAUUUGAAUUUUAUUUAAUACACUGUUGCUCUUAAUAUAAUUUAAAAUGUUCUCUUCAGUUAUGUUUCAAAAGUGUAUUUAGCUAGACCAAAGUUAGUAUAAGGAAGGGAUACAGUCCUCUAAAAGACCACAAGCCCUUCCCUUAAAUCAAUUAUGCUUUUCCUGUUAAUUUCCUUAAAUUAGUUUACCAGUUUGAUGCUGGUUCAGAACCCUUUAUUUUCCAUAGCAGUAGAGGAACAAAAUGGUUUGUUCUGUUCAAUAGCAAAGAGCACAGCAAACCAUUGCCUAACAGUUUGCUAUCACUGGCUUUCUUCUCAGAGGGCAAAAUAGCAUUUUAAAAUUUUUUAUUUAAUUUUUUUUCUCUCUGUAAACAAUCUUGGGAUGUCUGUCUACCUAUAUGUUGUUAUCCAUUUGUUUGUUUGUGUCCCUGUUUCCUUAUCCUUUGUUGAUUUGUCUGUGUCUGUUCUUGCUCAUAGUUUGUUUGAUAGUGUACUUAUUUUAGAUUUGUUCUCGCUUUUGUGCUGUGAGCGUGGGUGUGCUGACUAUGUGUAUAAGCAAGUUAUUUCCUGCUCAUUCCCUUCCCAUCUUUAUGAUUUAGUUGGCUUUUUGCUUUGCUGCAGUAUUUGUCCGCAAAGAAACCAAGUGGAUCCAAACCCCCUUUCUUUGAUACCUUCUGUAGUUGCCACUGUGGCCCUGCUUUACCCUUUGAACCCUGACAGUUUGUACUGUUCCUGUCCUGACCACAUUCUCCAAUGUCUGUCUCCUUUUCAUUUCAAUUUAUUAUUAUUUUGCUCCUUAAUUAUCCUCUUGCCAAAAUGGAAGAUGACGAAGACGCUACAUCAACGGAGACUACAGUCCAGAAGAGAGAUUUGAUCCGAGAUUCUACGGCUCUGGCCAGUCCGGACCUCCUCUCCGAUGUGUCUGAGAUGAAACAAGACCUGAUCAAAAUGACCGCCAUCCUAACCACAGAUUCCACAGAAAAAUCCAGUUCCAUGGAAGGGAGCGGUCUGGAAAAAGGGGCUGAGGAGGUUCAGGGCGAGCCGUUUGAAAUCAUGGAGAAGGUCAAAGAGGAUUUGGAGAAAGUGGGCAAGAUACUUAGGAGCGGAACAUAUGAGGGUGAGGUGGCAAAGGAGGUGGCAAGAGCAGCCAGAAUGAAAGAAGAGUGGGUCCUCCUCUCAGACUGUGAGAUAGAGGAGGCCAAACAUAUGGCUGCCUUAGAACCCCAGGAACCCAUACUACGUGAAGUCAGAGUCAACAGAGGGAUUCCCAGACCUAAAGCCAUCAAAGACGUGUCCGGGAUGGUCACACACCUGAGUGGUGAACUCAAAGAAUAUCUCCUGGAUGUACCUGAGGGCACCAGUACAACAGCCCAGGGGGAAGUGGUCCAAGAGAAAUUCACAGAGGUAGUCCUGCGCAAAGGCGCAAAAAGAACCAUGACAACAACAACAACAAAAACAACAACAACUACAACAACAAAGAAGGACAUCAAAACUCCUGCUUUUGACCUAAACAAGCCAGUCAGGAGGAAAGGAAAGGACCAGGAACAGGCAGAGGAAUCUACCGAUGGGGAUGCUCUCCUUAGCGCACCCAAAGACCCUAAACCAGUGUCACCUGUGUCCCCAGUAGUAGAGGAGACCCCCAUUGGGUCCAUAAAAGACAAAGUCAAAGCCCUUCAGCAGAAAGUGGAGGCAGAGCAAAAGGGCCGAAAGCCAACUAGCACCAAACCUUCAAAUGUUGCUGUGGAGAGCAAAAUACCAACAAAAGGUCAAAGAAACCACCCCGUCACAGAGCCCCGCAAAACAGGGCACCGCUAA